CAGGAGACUCUUUCACAAGCCUGAACAAUCAUCUGAGUCCCUGCAUGAUGACGCUCCUGCAGAGGAUGCGUUCCCCUUCCCUCUCCUUCUUCGAGACACUUGUGUCCCUCGUUCUGAACACAGUGGCCCUCACAUCCUCCUUCUGGUGCAUGGGGACACGGAAGGUCCCCAAGCCGCUCUGCUCGGCCACAAAGAGCAGCAACUGCAUCCCGGUUCCCGGCACGUCCAACUCCUCCAACGACGGCCAGUUUUACUGGGAGACCGGGGACGACCGCUUCAUCUUUCCAACCUUCCACACCGGCCUGUUCUUCAUCUGUGAGGAGGACAUCCACACAGACGAAUGGGAGGAGAGGUGUCGGGAGUUUCAUACUUUAACUCCAGGAUCUGAAAAAGCGAUGAUGUGGCUGUCUCUGUCCAUGGAGCUGGUGUACACCGGCCUGCUGCUGAUCAGCUGCAUGCUGCUGUGUGUGCAGCUGUGCAUCCGGGCCUGGUUCCCCUCCACGCUGCGCUGGGGGCAGCUGCUCAACGCCUUCGCUGCCGUCUUCACCAUCCUGGGAGGUCUGCUUGGAAUGGUUGGUCACAUGAUGUUCAUGCAAGUGUUUCAGACCACGGUCUCCCUGGGACCAGAGGACUUUAAACCUCACAGCUACGGCUACUCCUGGGCGUUCUAUGUGGCCUGGGCUGCCUUUACCGUCUGCAUGGCGGCCGGCGUCUCCACCCUGAACAACUACACCAAAAAGGUCCUGAUGGUUCGUCGCAGGCGCGCGUCUGGCCUCAACCCCUGCAGCUUCGUGGGCCUGCUGCCCCCAGCUCCCUACUACACCCCUCCUGCCGUCAGCCUGGCCUCCCCUUUCUCAGCCCCCCUGAUCUCCCACCUGUCUCCCUACUACGAGCCGCCCUCAGCGCCGCCACCGCGCCCCUCUCCCAGGUUCACGCACUCCCACUCUCUUCCGCUCACGCACUCCGAUUCCUUCCAUCUUCCCUCGUUCCCCACUGAGACUGGACCUCCACUCCGCCAUCUGUCCCUGUCCUUGUCUCCUUCGCAUGCUCAUUCUGCCUCUGUCUACGCCACUCUGGCAAGACACAAGGAGAAUUAUUUGGAUGGGGAGGACGAAAACAGCCCACUGUGAACUUGUGACUACGUUUACAUGCAGUCAGAAUUCGGGUUAAGGUCAAUAUUCCGGUUACUGAAACAUUCAGAAUAUUCCGUUUACAUGCGUGAGCAAACAUGGUUAUCCCUGUUUACAUGGUAAUUAAUCAUUCUGGAUAUCUGGAUCAAACCAGCGACGCGCUGAGAACAUCAUGACGCAAUUCCCGUCAUUUCCGCUUCUUCUUCCUGUAUCCAAAUUCAAAACAAAUGCUGCUUCGCGCAACUUUUCGCUCACCUUCUUGUAAAUCUCGCUAUCCUGGUACUUUCUAGCAUCUACAAAUGCCAAAAUGUUCAUAUCCUUCAUUACAUUUAUGAAAUGAUUAGUCUCCUCCUGGUCUUGCCUUUCGCCGUGUUUAAAAGAACUUUCUGGACUCAAAAGACCAAGAUUCCUUGCGAAAAGAAGAUGCGCAGAAAACAAAUUCAUGUUCCGUUUGAUCAGGAUAUUCCAUUUUCUGUUAUUCCGUUUACAUGACUGAAUAUUCGGGUUUUAAAAGGAGUAACCCAGGGGUCAUAUUCCAUCCAUCCAUCCAUCCAUCCAUUGUCCACCGCAUUAUCCGAGUCCGGGUCGCGGGGGCAGCAGUCGGAGCAGGGAUCCCCAGACUUCCCU